GCGGGGGAACGGGGGAACCGGGAGCAUCGGGGAAGCGGGAGAAGUGGGGAGACGCAGCCCCGGGGAAACGGGAGCAUCGGGGAACCGGGCAGCCGGGAGGACUGGGAGCCGCAGCACCGUGGAAACGAGAAACCAGAGAACCGGGAACACCGAGGAAACGGGGAGCCGCGGCACCGGGGAAACGGGAAACCGGGAGCAUCCAGGAAUCGGGAGCAAUGGGGAGGUGCAGCACCGGGUAAACGGGAGCUUUGAGAGCCGCAGUACCGGGGAAAAGGGAAACCGGGGAACUGGGRWGCCGUGGGCGCCAGGGAACCGUGAGUACCGGGAAGCCGCAGCAACCGAGAAACGGGAAACCAGGGAACAAGAAAACCGUGGGCACCGGGAAACCUGGGCUACUGAGGAACUGGGAAGACACACGAUCGGGGAAACGGGAAACCGGGGCACCCGGGAGUGGUGGGCACCGGGCAACCGGGCAACGGUGGGUACGGGAAAACCGGGAAAGGGUUAACCGUGGAGAGCUGCAACACCAGGGACAGCAGGARCAGGUAAACAGAGAACGGGAAGACCGUGGGCACUAGGGAGAGGGAAAAUCGUGGGCUCAAGGGAAAAGGAAAACUGUGGCACUGGGGAACCGGGAGCAUCGGGAGUCGCAGCACCARGGAACCGAGAAACGGUAAAAUCAUGGGCACCGGGAAGCCGAGAGCACCGGGCAGCUGCAGCACGGGGAGCUGGGAAACCGGGGGCUCCGGUGAGCYGUGGCUCCAGGGAAUCGGGAGCAUCAAGGAGCUGGGAAAUCAUGGGCAUGGGGAAACCGGGAGCACCAGGCACCUCUGGCACGGGGGAACCGGGAGCAGCGUGCAGCCGGGAGCUGGGAGCAGUGGGCAGCCAGAGCACCGGGAAGUCACAGCAUUGAGGAACUGGGAGCACUGGACAGCCACAGCACCAGGGAACUGGGAGCACCAAGAUCACCAUCCAACACUGGAGCGUCCUGCCAGGCCAGGCACUGCAUGGSAGGCGUGGGGCGUCGACUUCAAGAUGAAGACCAUCGAGGUGGAUGGGAUCAAGGUGCGGAUACAGAUCUGGGACACAGCCGGCCAGGAGCGAUACCAGACCAUCACCAAACAGUACUAUCGGCGGGCACAGGGCAUCUUCCUGGUGUACGACAUCAGCAGUGAGCGCUCCUACCAGCACAUCGUGAAGUGGGCCAGUGAYGUGGAUGAGUACGCACCUGACGGUGUCCAGAAAAUUCUCAUCGGGAACAAGGCGGACGAGGAGCACAAGAGGCAAGUGCCCAAAGAGCAAGGGCUGCAGCUGGCCAGGGAAUACGGGAUGGAUUUCUACGAGACCAGUGCCUGCAGCAACCUCAACAUCAAGGAGUCCUUCACACGGCUGACGGAGCUGGUGCUGCAGGCACACCGCAAGGAGUUGGAUGAGCUGCGAGGGCUCCCCCGUGCUCCCACCCUGGCCCGGCUGGAGGAGGAUGAGCAGCAGCCCCUGGGGAGCGAGGACACCCCCAAAACCUGCUGGUGUUGAAGGCUGGGACCCCCCUGACCCCUCCUCCCCAGGCUGUGUUGGGGRACAUGGUGGGGGCAGGAUUCGGGCAGCCCCCAUGGAGUGGGGGGCAACACGGGACACCCUGAGGGACAGAAGGAAUGGGGAGGUGGCAAGGGGGGCCCCCAUCCUGGCACCCGUGCCCCCUUGAUUUGCAGGUGGGGUGGGGGCUGUCCAGGCACCGUGUGCCCACCGCAUGCCCGCCCCACGCCUAUGGGACCCUUGGUUUUACACAGUGGUUUGCAGAAUAAAGGUGAUGCUGGAGGGGCU